UCUAAGGAAGAGCAGGCUAUUAAUCAGCUCGCAUUUGCCCACCCCACAAUCUCUGGUUUGUUUCAUAAAGCCAUCAUUUGCUAUGCAGAUCAGGGCCCAUGCAUUCAUCUUUUGGAGCCUUCCCAGCAUUUUCUCUGCUCUGUAAAGCAUGUUUGUAUCCUGAAGUAGCCAAGAGAGUCCCAUGCGAGGAGGAGGAGGAGGAGGAGGCCGAGAAGACAUUAGGAACGCAGCCAGUGACAAGAGAGUUCCACAUUUCACGGAAAAGUCUUGAAAGCUAAAAUGUCUGUGCUUUCCCCUAUCCUGAUUCCCCCUGAAGUCAAGGAAUACAUGAAGAAAGGUGAACGCUUUAUUAAAUGGGACGAUGAUUCCACAAAUGCUUCUCCUGUCAUUCUACGUAUAGAUUCAAAGGGCUUUUACCUAUACUGGACCUUCCAAAAUAAGGAAAUUGAAUUUUUGGAUAUCACAAGUAUUCGAGACACUAGAGUAGGGAAAUUUGCCAAGAUUCCUAAGAAUCAGAAGCUCCGAGAGGUUUUCAAGCUGGAUUUUCCAGACAACAACAACUUCUUUCUCAAGACAUUGACAGUAGUUUCUGGUCCUGAUAUGGUGGACCUCACUUUUCACAAUUUUGUUUCCUACAAAGAAAAUGUUGGAAAGGAUUGGGCAAAUGAUAUUAUGGCCAUUGUUAGGAACCCCUUUACAUACAAUGCUUGCCGCUACACCUUCUUGGAGAAAAUACUGGUGAAGUUAAAGAUGCAGUUGAAUAAUCAGGGGAAAAUUCCUGUCAGGAAUAUUUUUCAAAUGUUUCCUGCAGACCGAAAAAGGGUAGAGGCAGCAUUAAAUGCCUGCCAUCUCCCUACAGGGAAGAAUGAUGGCAUCAAUCCAGAAGACUUCCCCGAGUCAGUAUACAAAACAUUCCUGAUGAACCUGUGUCCUCGAACAGAGAUUGAUGAGAUUUUUACCUCACACCACUCAAAAGCCAAGCCGUACAUGACCAAAGAUCAUUUGACAAAAUUUAUCAACAAAAAGCAACGGGAUUCCCACCUCAAUGACACGCUUUUCCCUCCUGCCAAGCCACAGCAAGUUCAAGGCCUCAUUGACAAAUAUGAGCCUAGCGGGAUGAAUAUUCAGAGAGGUCAACUAUCGCCAGAGGGAAUGGUCUGGUUCCUUUGUGGUCCUGAAAACAGUAUAGUGUCACAGGAAAAACUGUUGCUAUACCAGGAUAUGAAUCAGCCGCUCUCUCACUACUUCAUCAAUUCAUCUCAUAAUACCUACCUAACAGCUGGUCAGUUUUCUGGAAUUUCAUCCCCUGAAAUGUAUCGCCAAAGCCUUUUGGCAGGUUGCCGUUGUGUGGAGCUUGAUUGCUGGAAGGGACGUCCUCCAGAUGAAGAGCCCAUCAUCACUCAUGGGUUUACCAUGACAACUGAAAUAUUAUUCAAGGAUGCAAUUGAAGCAAUCGCAGAAAGUGCUUUCAAAACUUCUCCUUAUCCAGUCAUCCUGUCCUUUGAGAACCACGUGGACUCACCGAAGCAGCAGGCUAAGAUGGCCGAGUACUGCAGAACCAUAUUUGGGGACAUGCUGCUGACAGAACCACUGGAAAACUUUCCACUAAAACCAGGAGUGCCUCUGCCAAGCCCUCAGGAUCUCAUGGGGAAAAUCUUGAUUAAGAACAAGAAGAAUCAGUUUAUACCUGGAGAGAAUCAGGAUACUCAGAAGAAAGGGAAGAAUCCAGAGGAGGAAGUGUCUGGGUCUGACCAGCCAACACCAAUUGAUAGGGAGAGCACAGCCAUGGCAUGUGAAGCAACUGAAGAGGUGCCUGAAGUGGAGGAAGACUUGGGAAACCUGGAUGAAGAAGAGAUUAAAAAGCUGCAGUCUGAUGAGGGUACAGCAGGUCUGGAAGUGACAGCUUAUGAAGAAAUGUCCAGCCUGGUUAACUAUAUCCAGCCCAUCAAAUUUGAGUCGUUUGAAAUCUCAGCACAAAAGAACCGAAGCUAUGUUGUUUCCUCCUUCACCGAAAUGAAGGCUUAUGAGCUGUUAACCAAAUCCCCCAUCCAGUUUGUAGACUACAACAAGAGACAAAUGAGCCGAAUUUAUCCCAAGGGCACCAGGAUGGACUCUUCCAACUACAUGCCUCAGAUGUUUUGGAAUGUUGGCUGCCAAAUGGUGGCGUUAAAUUUCCAGACAACAGAUGUCCCCAUGCAGCAGAACAUGGCCCUCUUUGAAUUCAAUGGGCAGAGUGGCUAUCUCCUCAAACAUGCCUUCAUGCGUCGCCCAGAUAAACAAUUUGAUCCUUUCUCUGUAGAUCGCAUUGAUGUGGUUGUGGCAAGCACACUCUCAAUUACAAUCAUUUCUGGCCAGUUCCUCUCAGAACGUAGUGUGAGGUCCUAUGUAGAAGUGGAGUUAUUUGGGCUGCCAGGUGAUCCCAAACGCAGGUACAGAACCAAGCUGACUCCAAAUGCCAACUCAAUCAACCCUGUAUGGAAGGAGGAUGCUUUUGUAUUUGAAAAGAUUUUGAUGCCAGAAUUGGCUUCGCUCAGAAUUGUAGCUUUAGAAGAAGGAGGAAAAUUCAUUGGUCACCGUGUAAUUCCCAUCACAGCUGUAUGCACUGGUUAUCACCACGUUUGCCUUCGUAGCGAGAGCAACAUGCCACUUACGAUGCCCUCGCUCUUUGUCUAUGUGGAGAUGAAAGACUACGUUCCUGAUUCAUGGGCAGAUCUUACCAUGGCCCUCUCCAAUCCAAUAAAGUUUUUCAAUGCACAUGACAAAAAAUUAUUGAAGAACCAAGAGGCUAAUGCAGAGCAACCAGAUUUGCAACCAAGUCUUCCAGCUGCUUCGCUCACUACUAAUGGACUGCCUAAUACCACAGGAACCUACAGCACUCCCCCUUCAAAUGGGCCUGCAGGAACACUGACUACAGGGAAAGAAGAAACUAAGCAAGAGCCAAUGAAAAGAAAUACAGAGCCACAGACAGUCAGCAUUGAGGAGCUGCAGCAGAUGAAGGCAUUUGGGAAGCUGUUGAAGAAGCAAGAGAAAGAACUGAAGGAGUUGGAGCGAAAGGGACUCAAGCGCAGAGAAGAGCUGUUGCAGAAAUAUGCCAUCCUUUUCACAGAACUGGUUGCUCAGCCUGGGAAAAAGAAAGUGCCCUGUCCUUCAAAAGCCUCCAGAAAGAAAAGUUGCAGAUUCCCAAUGGAUGAAGGUAGAAGUUCUGGGGAGGUGGCAGAGAGUCCUGACAACAGAGUCCUGGAGUUGAAAGAGAAGCUGGAGGAAGAACUCAUCCAGCUUGGAGAAGAACAAUAUGAUGGUAUUCGGAGGAAGAAAGAGCAGCAUGUUUCUGAGCAAAUUGCUAAAAUAAUAGAACUUGCCAGAGAAAAGCAAGCAUCUGAACUGAAAGCACUAAAGGAGUCCUCAGAAAGUGACACUAAAGAAAUGAAAAAAAUACUAGAGGCAAAGAGGGUGGACAAAAUUCAGAUGAUGGCCAAGAACACCACUGAUAAGAGUGCCCAGGAAAGACUGAAGAGAGAAAUUAAUAAUGCACACAUUCAAGAAGUAGUACAGGCAGUGAAACAAAUGAAUGAAAAGCAGACCAGGUAUCAGCAACUACUGGAAGCAAAACAGACAGCCUCUCUGGAAAAGAUCAAAGAAAAAGAAAAUGAGCUCCAGCAGGAAGCAUUUGCAGAAUAUGAAGAGAAGUUGAAAGCUCUCGCUGCUGAAGUGCAAGAUUUGGUGAAAAACUGUGCGAAAGUCCGCUUCCCUCUGGAAGCUGAUAGUGCAAAGGAAGAGGUCUUAAAUGCUGCUGCUGAUGGAGACCAGACACCGCACGAACACCCACAAGAACAAAACCUGGCACCCAAGAAUGUAAGGCAUGAAACUGAGAAUGCCACAGAAGGAGACGGAGACAAAUCUACAGAUGUUCAGGACAGCAGACUGUGAUGUUCCACUGGGCUCACAUUUUAAUGAUAACUUUUUUAAAAAAAUGACUCUCAUUCUGUUUUAGGCAUUGCACCUCCGUGGAAUUUAAUGGGCCUUCUCUUACUGCCGUUCCACUCUCCCUGAAUGUUGGGAAAUUCCAAUCUCAUUAUCCAGGUUAUUUUGCAUUUGCCAAGAAGAUUCUACUCAGGAAGAUUAACAAGAUAUUUAACAAAGAUACAGUUCUGAAAUAGACUAAUAAUGUGGUAUGCUGCCAUCCAAGAAAUAUGACUCCACAAAUUUUCAACUAUGAAAAAUGAAAAUGUUUCCAGGUUUGGAGAAUUAUUUGGACAUUCCUCAUGCCACCUCACCAAUGAUCCAAGAAUGUAGAUUCCAUCUUCAGCCUUAGAAAUCUGAUACAGAUUCCAAACACCGAGGGAACUGUCUUUACACAGGCUGGGGAAAGGGGAAACCCAUAAAAAUGGUCAGGCAGCAGAAACAUGUUUUUGUCAUGUUACCCAGGAGUAACUGCAGAGAUGCCUGGAAAAAUACUCCGUUUGUAGCAAACUCAGUUUAUCAAUACUAGAAUUGCCUGUAUACUUUUAUUUAUUCUCAAACAUCAAAACAAAUUUCUAUUUUAAAAAUACAGAUGUUUGUGUGAAUGAGUGCUAGAUAUUACUGUUUUCUUGUUACGGGUCUGUGAUCCUGUGCAAUGUCCCUUCCUCAGAUGCCUUUCGCCUUAAAGAAGAGUCUUGUAUGCCAAAAUCUUCUAAUAAAACUGGUUUAUUAACUAA